UCUUCCAGAACCAACCUCACCUAUUUCUCUCUGGCGCUCGAGAGUUCUCGUCUCCUUCCCGAGCGACCGGCUUCAUCUUUUUUGAUCUGCACUGAAAGUGGGCAUUAGUGUUUACGGAAAGCCAUGCCCAGGUAUUACUGUGACUAUUGUGACACUUAUUUGACUCAUGAUUCUCCAUCAGUGAGAAAGCAACACAAUGCAGGCUACAAACACAAGGCGAAUGUCAGAACUUACUAUCAACAGUUUGAGGAACAACAAACGCAAAGUUUAAUUGACCAAAGAAUCAAGGAACAUCUUGGCCAAACUGCAGCAUUCCAGCAGGUUGGUGCUGUUUAUAAUCAGCAUUUACUUGCCCAGAGGCCCCGUCUUCCUAUUCUACCAACACCAGUGAUGCCAGGGACUGCACCAGUGGCAGUUAAUACACCAUUAGUCCCGGGGAUCAGGCCUCCUGUUUUGCCAAGACCAGUUCCUGGAGCUCCAGGAGGCUACAUGCCCGCUCCAACCAUGCCGCAAAUGGUGGCACCACCUGGUGCUCCUCCUAUGCCUGGUCAACUGAAUGCUCUCCCACGGCCUCCUACUAUAGCGCCCCCAGCAACAGUUCCUGGCAGUACAACGCCUGCUUCUUCAAAUGGAGCCCCCUCCAUGGUUAUGCCUGCAACAUAUCAAGCCAAUCCAACAGCACCCACCAGUGGAGGAUUUGAUAAUUUCAAUGCCAGUACUCAACCUCCGGAGACCAAUCACUAACCAUGUCUUCAUCCUGUAUCCUAGGAGCUUAAGUAAGAAUUCGUACUGCUCUUUUGUGGAAUUUUGAUCAUUAAUGAACUCGGUUUUUUAUGGUAAUCAGAUGUAGAAUUUGUACUAGUGUUUUGAAAUAUGAAAGAGUUGAUAAGAAACAAAGAAACUAGUAAAUUUUUUUUUCUUAUGCUGUUUCUGGGAAUGUAUGGAAACGCCAUAGAAUUAUAGGGUUUUCCUAAGCGGAACGUGUUUUCUUUACAUUUGCAAGUUAUCUCGUGUAUAGAAGCAUAAAUUCUGUGUUGAA